AGCACGAUGUGUGCGGCACCCGCCAGCAAUGGAGUGUUUGUCGUCAUCCCGCCCAACAACGCCAGCGGCCUGCGCCCACCGCCAGCCAUUCUGCCCACGUCCGUGUGCCAGCCUCCCGGGAUGAUGCAGUUCGAGGAGCCACCAAUGGGGGCGCAGACGCCAAGGGCCACCCAGCAGCCCGACCUUCGGCCAGUGGAGACAUUCCUGACUGGAGAGCCCAAGGCUUUAGGGACGGUCCAGAUCCUCAUUGGCCUCAUCCACCUGGGCUUCGGCAGCGUGCUGCUCAUGGUCCGCCGCGGCCGCGUGGGGAUGCUCUUCAUCGAAGGCGGCGUCCCCUUCUGGGGAGGAGCUUGCUUCAUCCUCUCUGGGUCCCUCUCUGUGGCAGCCGAGAAGGACCACGCCAGCUGCCUGGUAAGGAGCAGCCUGGGGAUGAACAUUCUCAGUUCCAUAGCGGCCUUUGCCGGGACAGCCAUUCUGCUCAUGGAUUUUGGUGUCACUAACUGGGAUGUGGGCAGGGGCUAUCUGGCUGUGCUUACCAUCUUCACCAUCCUGGAGUUCUUCAUCGCAGUCAUUGCCACCCACUUUGGGUGCCAAGCCACCCGCGCCCAAGCCAACGCGCCUGUGAUUUUCCUGCCCAACGCCUUCAGCACAGACUUCAACAUCCCCAGCCCCGCAGCCUCUCCUCCCCCUGCCUAUGACAAUGUGGCAUAUGUGCCCAAGGAGUCGUCCGAGUAGCUGGUCACUCCGGUUGGCGUCCAGCCU